UCCACCCAAACCCGACACUGGUUCGAAAAUAGUAAAGAAUACCUUCUCAGGGCUGAUGUUUAUGUUAGUGUUUCUACAUUUUUAUGUAGAUUAAUUAUUUAGACUAAUGUCUCUUUCUAUGUUGGAGUUAAAAAUAAAUGAUUACAAUUAGCUUUUGCGAGGGCUAAAGUAUAAUUUUUAAUAUUGUCAUCAAAAGCUCCUUUGAGAUAUAAAGGCACCAACCUUGCAAAAAAUGGUAGAAGAUAAAAACUACAAAAUUGAUAGUCGAAUUGAGUGCGACGGAUGCUGUGGCACACUAAAAUAUGUUGGUUCAGUGGGAAGUACGAAAGGACUGUGGUUCGGUAUUGACUGGGAUGAUUUCUCUCGUGGAAAGCACGGCGGAACCUACGAAGGAGUGGAAUAUUUUAAAACAUGGCAUCCAAACUCGGGGUCCUUUGUACGCAUAGAAAAAGUCAAGUUCGGAAUAUCCUGUCCAGAAGCAAUUAAAAUGAAAUACGGUCUGAUCAAUGAUGACUUAGCAGGCAUUGACAGAGACACAUUAUCAAGUUUACAAAAGGAAAUGAAUGCUCCCUUCAUGGAGAUGGUUGGAUUUUCGAAAGUCAACAAGAAACAGAGUAAAUUUGAAGACUUGGAAGUAGUUUGUUUGAGGGGAGAAUGCGUUAGCAAUGCAGGGAACCAAGAUGAACUAAGUAAACUGUCGCCUAAUAUAACCGAAUUAGAUUUAUCGAAAAACCUCAUUUGUUCCUGGAAGACCGUGGCUGAAAUAACCUCUCAACUAGUUCGUUUGAAAAGACUCAAUGUCAGUGAAAAUAAUUUAACAAUCGAUGAAGAACUGGAUGAAUUAAAACAUGCCUUUUCAUCUGUAACUGAUUUAACAAUGACGAAAAUGAAUUACACCACGCAUGACGUUAGUCGUUGUAUAAAUAUAUUUCCCGCCUUAAAUAAUCUCUCUGUUUCCUUCAACUUAAUAGAAGACAUUCAAGAAUUCACUUGCAUGAAGUUAACGAGUUUGGACUUGGAGGAAAACCAAAUUCACAGUUGGGAUGAGAUUUUGAAACUGGGAUGUCUACCAUGCUUAGAAUCCAUUAAUUUGAAUUGUAACAAACUACCGUUCAUAAGAUUUCCUGUCGAAAGUUCAACUGAAAAAACCAACUACUUUCCAGUGUUAAAACAGAUGCAUAUAUCUAACAAUAAUGUAUCAGAGUGGAUAUCCAUAAGUGAAUUGGACAAAUUAAAGUGUUUAGAAGAUUUAAAAUUUAGAGAAAAUCCUAUUCUAAGGAGAGAAAGUAUUGAAACAACACGACAAUUAAUAAUAGCUAGGAUAUCAAAUUUGAAAUUCCUUAAUAAGACAGAAAUUUUCUACACCGAGAGAACGGGAGCCGAGAAUGAUUAUUUGAAAAUGUUUGCUCGAGAGUGGAAAGAAUCGGAGAACGAUUUAAAAAAUCGAAUAAAGUUCUUGAGUAACCAUCCUCGAUAUCCAGCUUUAGUGCAAAAAUAUGGAGUAGCUGACAUUCCUACCUCGAAAGCAGACUUGGCAAUGGUUUCCAAUGUUAUUUCCGUUGAGUUUGCGUGUCCCGAUGACCCAGCUCAGUCGAAAGGGAUAAAAAGGAAACUUCUGAAAGACAUGGAUGUGCAAAAAGUAACGGGCCUCGCUCAAAGGCUGUUCAAAACUUACGGAAAAAUACCAACUCUUUCUUUUGUCCAGCAGGAAUUAUCAAAAGAGGAGAUUCCUCUCGACAAACCUCUUCAAAAACUGAGCUACUACUCGAUUCAAGAUGGCGAUCACAUUCUUGUGAGGUGGUGAAACGCUUAUAAACGCUUUAUAAACUUACCUCUUUUGUACUUUACUAUAUGCUCAAUACAUUUUUUUUAUAAAAAGA